AUGGAUUCAUUCAACUCCAAAAUUGAGUCUGCAAUUUCUGCAGGUAAAAUUCCAGGUGCUGUCACGGCUGCCAGCAAUGCUACGAGAUCGUUCACUCAUGCCUCAUCCUACGGACCACGCUCCCUUAACUCUGCUUCAUCCACACCUUUGAAAACAGACGCCAUCCUUGCAAUUGCCUCCUGCAGCAAACUCCUAACCUCAAUUUCCGCUCUCCAAUGUGUUGAGCGCGGCCAAUUCACUCUCGAUGAAGAUGUUUCUCGACUUCUCCCUGAACUCAAACUUGAGGAUCUUGAUAUCCUCCAAGGUUUUGAUUCCGAGGAAAAGCCCAAACUUGUAAAGGCCACGAAGAACAUCACGCUCCGUAUGCUUCUCACCCAUACAUCCGGGCUAGCAUACGAUGUCUUCACACCUGACUUGAUCCGCUGGCGAGCAACACGUGGUGAAGUCGCCACGCUUGACAAAGGAACCGUGAUAUCACGUUGCAAAACCCCAUUGAUGUUUGAACCUGGGACUUCUUGGGCUUAUUCUACCGGACUCGAUUGGGCCGGUAUAAUGAUCUCACGAGCCAACAACAUGACAUUGGAAGCAUACAUGAAUAAACACAUAUGCGCACCCCUUGGCAUCACUGAUUUCACAUUCCACAUUGACCAAAAUCCCUCUUUGCUUUCACGCUUGGUUGAUAUGACUUUUCGCGUUGGAGGCAUGACUCCCUUCGGUACUGCCGCCGAUACCAGCGGUGCGCUCGUCUACACCGCGGACACUUUUUGGUCACCAAAGCAAAUCGACGACUCAGGCGGAGCGGGGGUGUACACGAGUAUUCCGUCUUACCAAAAAGUCUUGCACAGCAUCACGAUUUCAGACGAGAAACUUCUCAGCAAGACGAUGAAUGACAAGAUGUUUGAAGCGCAGUUAACAGAGCCCCAAUUGGCGACUUUGAAUUACAUACGUCAGAUUCCGGAAAUGCGCUAUAUAAUGACCCCCUCAAUUCCAGUCGAUACGAAACUCGAUUAUGGGUUAGGAGGAAUGAUACUUCUGGAGAAUCUGGAAGGAAGAAGAAGAAAAGGGGCAAUGUAUUGGACUGGAUUGCCAAAUUUACUUUGGUGGGCUGAUCGAGAAGCAGGUGUUAGUGGAAUUUAUGGAAGUCAGUUGAUUCCUACUGGGGACAAGCAGACUAUUGAGAUGUUUGAAGAAUUUGAGAAGGCUGUGUAUGCAGAGGUGGCGGUUUGA